ACAAACCGACCUCCUCCUUCGAUGGCAGGUAUCCAAGAGCGAAAACACCCAUAUCCACUCAUUGACGCGGACCCUCAUACUUCGAGAGUGAUCCGCUAUAUGCGCCCCAGUGACUACGCCACCUGGGCCGCGUAUACCGCUGGAACUCCAGUCGCCUUUUAUGCCUGGGAGAAAAUUGACCGGACUGGCUUUCGAAUGCGUCCCUGGCUAUAUACAGGAGGCUUUCUAGGCUUCUGUGCCGGUUUCCUCAUUGCCUACUCUCGCUCAACAAAACGCUUUUGGGGUUGGACUGAGAACAUCCGUGAAGAGAAACGCGACCUUGACGAACUUUCUCAACUCGCGCGCGAGGGCAAACCACUCUACGGUGAAUCGUCACAGCCAGAUUGGGUCAAGGCCGUUGCCCAUCGUAACUCUCAAUACGCGCCUUUGAAAUUCUCCCUCUUCCCGAUGCUCAACCUCGUCAAUCACCCAUACCACGGCAAAGAUCCCAAGUCGUAUGGCUCGCCUGAAGAGCAUGCAGUCUUGAAGAAUGACGAUGGUGUGCUGACGGGAGAUGUAUUGCGUACUAAACGUGAUUAG